CCGAGUCCGCUCUGCCCGCAGGUCGCGCCGCGCCAGCGCCGCGGGGAGCAGCUUCUCGCCGGCCGAGGACACCACCGCCGCCACGAUGCCGAAGCCGAUCAAUGUCCGAGUCACCACCAUGGAUGCGGAGCUGGAGUUCGCCAUCCAGCCGAAUACGACGGGAAAGCAGCUUUUCGAUCAGGUGGUGAAGACCAUCGGCCUUCGGGAAGUGUGGUACUUCGGUCUCCAGUAUGUGGAUAAUAAAGGGUUUCCUACCUGGCUGAAACUUGAUAAAAAGGUGUCCGCCCAGGAGGUCAGGAAAGAGAACCCUCUCCAGUUCAAGUUCCGGGCCAAGUUCUACCCUGAGGAUGUGCCUGAGGAGCUCAUCCAGGAUAUCACCCAGAAGCUGUUCUUCCUGCAAGUCAAGGAGGGAAUUCUCAGCGAUGAGAUUUACUGCCCACCUGAGACGGCCGUGCUCCUGGGCUCGUACGCCGUGCAGGCCAAGUUUGGAGACUAUAACAAAGAGAUACACAAGUCGGGAUACCUCAACUCUGAGCGGCUGAUCCCCCAGAGGGUCAUGGACCAGCACAAGCUCACCAGAGACCAGUGGGAGGACCGUAUCCAGGUGUGGCACGCCGAGCACCGCGGGAUGCUCAAAGACAGUGCCAUGCUGGAGUAUCUGAAGAUUGCCCAGGACCUGGAAAUGUAUGGAAUCAACUACUUUGAGAUAAAAAAUAAGAAAGGAACAGACCUUUGGCUUGGAGUUGAUGCCCUCGGACUGAAUAUUUAUGAAAAAGAUGACAAGUUGACCCCAAAGAUUGGCUUCCCGUGGAGUGAAAUCAGAAACAUCUCUUUCAGUGACAAAAAGUUCGUCAUUAAGCCCAUCGACAAGAAGGCACCUGACUUUGUGUUCUAUGCCCCUCGCCUGCGCAUCAACAAGCGGAUCCUGCAGCUGUGCAUGGGGAACCACGACCUGUACAUGCGCCGCAGGAAGCCCGACACCAUCGAGGUGCAGCAGAUGAAGGCCCAGGCCCGGGAGGAGAAGCACCAGAAACAGAUGGAACGGCAGCAGCUGGAGUCCGAGAAGAAGCGGAGGGAGACUGUGGAGAAGGAGAAGGAGCAGAUGCUGCGUGAGAAGGAGGAGCUGAUGCUCAGGCUGCAGGACUAUGAGCAGAAAACCAAGAAGGCAGAGAAAGAGCUCUCGGACCAGAUUCAGAGGGCCCUGCAGCUGGAGGAGGAGAGGAAGCGGGCCCAGGAGGAGGCCGAGCGCCUGGAGGCUGACCGCAUGGCCGCGCUGCGCGCCAAGGAGGAGCUGGAGCAGCAGACGGUGGAUCAGAUAAAGAGCCACGAGCAGCUGGCCGCGGAGCUCGCAGAGUACACCGCCAAGAUCGCCCUCCUGGAGGAGGCGCGGAGGCGCAAGGAGGACGAAGUGGAGGAGUGGCAGCACCGGGCCAAAGAAGCCCAGGAUGACCUGGUGAAGACCAAGGAGGAGCUGCACCUGGUGAUGACGGCGCCCCCGCCCCCACCACCCCCCAUGUACGAGCCAGUCAACUACCUUGUGCAGGAGGACCCACAAGAGGGGGGCACGGAAUCCGCAGGCUACAGCGCCGAGCUGUCCAGCGAGGGCAUCCUGGACGACCGCCACGAGGAGAAGCGCAUCACUGAGGCGGAGAAGAACAAGCUUGUGCAGCAGCAGCUAAGGACCCUGACUGAUGAGCUGUCCCAGGCCCGAUACGAGAACAAGAGGACCCAAAACGACAUCAUCCACAACGAGAACAUGCGGCAAGGCCGGGACAAGUACAAGACCCUGCGGCAGAUCCGGCAAGGCAACACCAAGCAGCGCAUUGACGAGUUCGAGGCCAUGUGAGGCCGCAGGGGCCCACCUGGCGCUGCACAUCCCGCAGACGCCGACCUUGUGUUUGUAGUUCUCUGGUAGGCCCCACCUCCUGGUAGGUAGUAGUUGUCCCCGUGGGGACUUGGGGGCUGGGGCCCCAUGGGAGCUCCCUGGUUUAUCUUUCCCAAUUGUAUCAUAGUGCCAAAUAGGCCUGAUUUUUAUUAUUAUGGAAUCACUUCUUGUUUUAUGCUUCGAGCAGGACUGAUUGAAUUAAGGAGAGAUGCCUGUAAAGUUUGAAUCAAACACACUUUAUACCUGCGUGUAGGGGACGAUGCCUGCGAUGGGGGUUGGGUAUAAUGAACGAACACGGCAGCGUUGCUUAUAUUCUGUGCCAUACUUUUUUUUGUGUUUGAAAUUAGGCCCACAUGAUUGAUUAAUUCCUGAUUUCUGCAGGGGCUCCAUCCUUGUAUAUUUAUGUUUUGGGAGGGUUGAAACUUGUUUUGGAAACUGGGUCUGGCCCGCACUCCCAUGCUUGUGCCCCCAGGGAUUUCCUUCCUUCGGUCCUUCAGCCGGGAGGACAAAUCCCGCUGUGAAGGGAUCACUGUGGUGAAAUCAUACAGGCUGCCACGCCUCUCCUGGGCAAACUUUCCUUGUUUUGUCUCUGCUUUCCUGCUAGAUGGUUACUCUGUUGGACUUACACACCUAAUUCAUGAUCAGCUACCGGCGUAUAGUAUUUAUAUGUAAGCGACAAUAUAGGUUUAUAACAUUAGUUUAAAAAAGGGAAAGUUUUGUUCUGUAUAUUUUGCUACCUUUUACAGAAUAAUAAAGAAUUACACAUUAAA